AUGUCCAUCGAUGCCGGAUUGACGAGUGCCUCGGCGCCCACGUCGUUUGUAUACGUCAAUGGCGACCGGCUGUCGUUGAUGGAGGACUACCGCCUCCCACUGUAUCAGUACUUUCCUGAGGGUACCAAGCUCUUCGACCCGACGCAUGUGCCACCGCGCGAGGUGCCGCUCUCCACCUCGGUUGAUGAGACGGGUGUUACGCUACCGAAGCUGCUUCCGAACGCGCAGUACCACGCCUUCUUCAAAGACCCCCGCACCGGGUCCCUCUACGCGACCGCCACCAAAUACGUCUGCCUCUACGUCUCUCGCCUGCCCUUCAAUACGACACCCGAAAUGUUGGGUCGCUACUUCGAAGCGUUUGACAUGGUGAAAGAGGCGGAUGUGUUCCCGGGCCAGAACGUGCACUGCAAUGGUCGUGGCUGGGUCAUCCUGCAGGACCCCAGUAAGCUCCUCAUCAUUCCACGUGUCCUUCAGUUCUAUGGAAAGCAGUUAAUCUACACUGAACUGAGCGACCGUGAGCCUGCGAGAGAGAAUCUAUACCACUUGUUUUCGGAGCCGGUGCUGCCGCCGCCGCCGCCGCCACCGCCGCGCGCCCACACCAUUCCGCACCGCAUCGACGCUCCUCCACCCCCACCCCCACCGAUGCCGCCGCAGCACAACCCCAACGUGCCAGCGCCGCGCAGCAGCGUCAUGAUGGAGCGUCGUCCUCAGCCCGCAGCUCUAACCCCGAUCGGUGGCGGGAUCGAGUACGACAGUCCAGUCCUUCCUGCCCCGCGCAGUCAGCAGCGCUUGCAGGCGUCCACCGCGCCCUCUGCGGCCACCACAAUAGCACCCACCGGAUCCUCGUCCAGUUCCCUUGCAGCGACAGCAGCAGCAGCAGCAGCCCCGUUGCACGGCAACGGGGCUGCCAAGGCGCAACUUCCAGCAACCUUCAUCACGUACAUCACGGAGAAGGACGCUGAGGACGCCGUGCGAGACGAGUACUUCUGGCCUCACUCCCUCUUUGCUGACGAGGUGCAGGCCUGCCUGGACGCUCGCGGCGCGGCCAUUGUUGUCUUCCUCUUCUCCAGUCCUCCCACCGUCUUUGGGUUUGCGCGAGUGCUGCCAAAGGGAGUACUCGGGCGCCGCGAGGCGAAGGCGUGUCCGAUCGAGUGGAUACAGCAUCACUGCGCCAUCCCCGAGACGAGCAUACGAUUAGUGGACGGGAUAUUGCUCUUUAAGCAGCGCGACGGUUCACAGCUGAAACCAGAGGCAGGGGCGCAGCUCUGCGAUCUUAUCCAGAGCUAUACCGGCAAGGCAGAGCAGCACUUUUCUCCGUUGCCCACCGGACCAAGUAUUCCACUGCCACGUGGGCGUGGUGGGGUUGUGCGUGGCGGGCGUAGCGUCGCUAGGCCGCUACCACCGCCACCGAUCGGCCGUGGCCGAGGCGCCGGUGGCGUGGCAACCCUGUCGGGUUUCAUCAGUGAGAGCGGCCUUGCCAUCCCAGUACCUGCCAGUCGACGUAAUCAGGCAAACAACAGCAGCAGCACCGCAAAUGGCGCCAGCAGUCAGCCAGGCGGAAACGGCAGCUCCAACUCCCGCGAGCUAUCUCCGACAUUGCUCUCCGUCAAGUUGCCAGCCCCCGCAUCUACACGAGCAGCCGCGGUGGCCACCGCUGCAGGAGCAGCUACGUCUAACAGAAACUGCAUUGGGGGCAGCAGUAAUGGGAAUAGCUCCCUCCACGACAGCACCUCCUCCCCGACCGUCCCCCCGGCGCCUCGCUCCAGGAAAUCGUGUGCUUGUUGA